AUGGCGGCUAUGACCUACACAACUAUUGAAUUGGCUACUCCCAACGGCCCCGAGUACCGCCGAGUAAGCACCAAGCCUCCUCGGUUACCAGAGGAAGACGAGAUGCCAGUGAUUGAUCUUGGUGCUCUCAAUGGAGAUUUUGCAGCGCGCAAGGAGCUCGCCUCGCAGUUCAGGACUGCUGCAGAAAAGACUGGAUUUUUCUAUGUUCGCAAUCAUGGCAUCCCUGAAGAUCUGAUCCAAAGUGCACUAAGCCAAAUCCAAACCUUUUUUGAUCAGCCCGAGGAGACUAAGGAGAGUAUCUCACUUCACCAUGCGGGCCAAACCCUUGGGUACCUUGGAGUCGGUGGCUCGCAAAUCAAUAAUACUGAAAGCAGAGACAGAAAAGAGACUUUCUCCAUGCGGUACGAUCCACGGGCUGACCCUAAAAGAGACGACAACGAGCCGGCAGACGAGUCUAGGUCAGACGCGGUGGACCAGAUUUGGGAAAAGACCAGCCAUCUCAAGGGUUUCCAGGAUGCACUAGUCGAAUUCUGGCAGAAACGUUUGGAGCUGGUGCGUAGAAUGAUUCGCAUCAUGGCCCUGGCUUUGGAUCUCCCGGAAAGCUAUUUUGAUGCUGUCACGACACAUCCUGGCGCGGAUGCUGUCUACAUUCACUACCCUCCUACCCCUAGAGAGAAUAUGACUGCAGAUGUGGACGUUGGUAUUGGCUCGCACACUGACAUCCAAUGCAUCACCCUUCUCUGGCAGGACAACUCGGGCGGCCUGCAGGUUUUGACUGCGGAUGGGGAGUGGCUGGAUGCUCGGCCGCUUGAGGGAACUCUGGUCGUAAACAUCGGAGACUUCCUACAGCGCUUGUCAAACAACAGAUUCAAGUCGACUGUCCAUCGUGUGUACAACCGCAAGAGCACAUCGCGGUACUCUAUGCCUUUCUUCCUGGGUUUCAACCCUGAGGCGACAUUGCAGGUUGUGCCCACGUGUGUAGACAAAGAUCAUCCAGCUCUUUACGAGCCGAUUUCAUGUGGCAAGGUAUGA